AUGGAUAAGGUGAUGUAUUUUCAAAAAGGUUUACGAGGACGUACAAAAGCUGAAGUCGGUUAUCGUGCACCUACAAUAUUAAAUGAUGCAAUACAAGUAGCCAUAACAUACGAUACGGUACAUUUUUCUAAACAAUUUACAACAGCAACAGUAUACGAUGAACAAGAUAAAUCAGCACCGUCAUCAGUAGAACUAAAUAUGAUUAAAUCAACAAAAUAUAGAAAUCAACCACAACAAUCAUGCUAUCAACGAAUGCAUCAAGCAACAAAAGAACAUCACAUUAAGAAUGGUUUAUGUUUUCAUUGUCAUCUUGGAGGUCAUCGAGCAUUUGACUGUCCUGAUAAAAAUAAUGAUCGUUUAUCAUCAUCAAUGUCAACACAACAAGAUAUACAUUCAAAAAACAAAUCGUUCGUUAUGAAUGAACCGAAUGAUCAAGACUCAAGAAUCGUGAACCGCGGACUAAGAACCGAGAAGACAGAACCUGGAUCCGAGAAAUUAGAAACCAGAUUAGAUAAUUCGUAUCAAGAUCCGAGAAUUGUAGAUGAGUUGAUGGGAGAAACAGAGUUGGUAAUGUAUCUUCCACAAGUUAAUAUCGAUAUAAAAUUAGAUAAAUUUAAUGACAGUUUACAGGCAUAUGUAUUACCACUAAAUUGUUUCGAUGUUUUGUUAGGUAAACCAUGGUUGGUUAAACACAAUCCAUUAAUUAAUUGA